UACCAAAGCUGUGUAACGAGAAUACUGAUUCUGAAUCUGCAGAAUCAGAGAAAUCAGACGCUGAAGAUAAAGACUUCCAAACUCUGAUGGAGAAGCCAAUGAGACGCUACACUCCAACCGACGUCAUACUAGAGAUAGAAGGGAGGGAUAUACAUGUCAACAAACAGGUGUUGGCGGACAACUCACCUGUGUUUAAAGCAAUGUUUGAGUCUAAUUUCAGCGAGAAACAUAAGGGCAGGAUAGUUUUAUCAGAUAAGAAAUACGACGACUUCGUAAUUUUCUUAAACACUUUUUAUAACCCUGAACUCUCAGAGCCAAUAACAGAGAAAAAUGCAACAGUAGUUGAACGUUUGGCUGACUUUUAUGGUAUGGCUUUUAUGAAAGAAAAUUGUUUAUCAUUCAUCAAUGAUCAAAUCAAAAACGCAGUUAUGAAUAGCAACUAUAAAAUCAGACCAGAAACACUUGUGGAUUACAUGGCAUGGAUUGAACAGCAAGACAUUGAUGAACAGCAAGACAGUGAAAGUUCUUUUUCAUCUCUCUUGGGAUUGUGUUCAGAAUGUAGUACCCAAUCACUGAAACAGGCUGGAAUUUGCAGUAAAGUUUCUGUUGAUACUCAGCUGAAAAUAGCGGAAAAGCGAAUAACUUUGAUGGAAAAAGAAAUAAGAUCGACUUUACACCAAGGAGAAAAAAAUAUAUUGGAAUUAAUGAAACUGGCUUGGGAAACUUGGAAAAAGAUUUGUGAAGACCGCCUUGUGUCUAUCUGUAAUAAGAUAUCCGACAAAUUUGGGAAAUUUACUACAACAACGCUUGUGGAUUAUAUAAUUGCUGCUGAGCGAUACAACUUGGAAACUCUUUUAUCCAAUGCGAUUGAUAUAGCUAGUAAAUGUAAACCCUCUGACCUAUUGAAAGAAGAGAAAUUUUGCCAAAUCAAAGAUUCCACAAAAUCCAAAAUAAAUGAGAAAAGAAACGAACUUUUUGAAGAACAUGUGUCAAGUUGUCACCAUGGAAGAUUUUUUACACAUUUGCGUUAGAUAAAAAUGGAAGAAAACCAUAGAGGUUCAUUCACGCAUGUUUUAAAAAAAAUUUAUAAAACU